UUGGUGACAGUGCAUGUGUCAUUAUAAUAUUAUGUGUUAUUUUUUUGAAGUGAUUUUGCAAGCUUGUUUCGUCACUUUUUCGACAACGUAAACCACAAUAAAAAGAAUGUGUGGGUAAUUAUCACACUCUACCAGCAGGCAGGAUGAUCACCCCAUUUGUAGAGGGCUGGGACUUUGUGCAGACGUUAGGCGAGGGGGCAUAUGGCGAAGUGAAACUAGCUGUCAACCAAAGCACUCAGGAGGCUGUGGCAGUUAAAAUAUUAAGUCUUGAUAAAGCACAGGGUGCUGCAGAAAACGUCAGAAAGGAGGUAUGCAUUCAUAGGAUGUUGAACGAUGAGCACAUUGUAAGGUUUUACGGCUCGCGUAAAGAAGGAACCAUUCAGUACCUCUUCCUGGAAUACAUGAGUGGGGGAGAACUGUUUGACAGAAUCGAACCCGAUGAAGGAAUGUCACCUGCGCAGGCUCACCGAUACUUCGGUCAAUUGAUGGGCGGAGUCGAAUACCUCCAUAUGAAGGGGGUCACUCACAGAGAUCUGAAGCCAGAAAACCUGCUCUUGAAUGAUAAUGAUAACUUAAAGAUAUCAGACUUUGGUCUUGCCACUGUCUUCAGACAUCAGGGUAAAGAGAGACUUCUUGGGAAAUGUUGCGGUACUCCCCCUUACGUAGCUCCAGAAGUCUUGAAGAAACAGGAGUACCACGCUGAGCCGGCAGACGUCUGGUCCUGUGGAAUCAUCCUAGUUGCUAUGCUAGGCGGAGAGCUUCCCUGGGAUGAGCCUACUUAUAGCUGCCGAGAGUUUUCUGAUUGGCUGGACAAGAAAAUGCACCUAUCACCAUGGAAGAAGAUUGAUCCAUUGCCGUUAGCAUUGCUACGGAAAAUCCUCUGUGAGUCCCCGCCAAAGAGAUGUACAUUAGUGACCAUGAAGAAAGACAGGUGGUUCAGUGGAAAAAUGCAAACACACAGACUACCGUCCAGCUCACCUACCUCAUCAGGGUCCUUCAAGAGGAUAUGCUCGGGGAACGAUCUAUCGCCAACCUCCAACAUCAGAAGAGAAAGCCCGGCCCCUUUCUCCAGCUCCCAGCCUAUUCCUCAUUUACUCCACCACGACCCCCAAGUGCCAGAGACGACCAAAGAAUCAGUUGAAGAACUCAUCCAUGGAGUGAGUUUUUCUCAACCCGUCCACAUUGACUCAAUGUUACUGAGUAGUCAAAUACAAAGCACACCAGGAAGCUCACAGACCCCAAUGCAGAGAUUUGUCAAACGGAUGACCAGGGUAUUCACAAAUCUCAAAUCAGAUGAUGCAAUCAAGAAGCUGACUGCUGUGCUGGAGAAAAUGGGCUACAAUUGGAAGAAGACAACGGCUCGACAGGUGACCAUCACAUCGCUAGACCGGCGAAAGAAUCAGUUAAUCUUCAAAGCACAUUUGCACGACAUGGACGACAAAGUUCUCAUAGAUUUCAGAUUGUCAAAGGGAGAUGGUCUGGAGUUCAAGCGACACUUCAUGAAGAUUAAAGCAAAGCUGGCACACAUCACCACGAAAGUACCGCCGCUCACCCCUUUUGUCUAAAUGGACUAGGCUACAAGGGGUCAUGAUGAGACUUCACCGCCAUGAAGGAAUCAGUAUUAUCAGCAACUCAACAUUAUUUUUUGAAUAAUCCUCUAUCGCUGCGAUCAAACUAUUGAAACGUUUUCAAACAACUAUCUUGAACAUCUGACGUCUCACUUUGAGGCUCAUGAAUAACGCCAGAUGCCUGCCAGUCUGGACGAGGUACCUGCCAGUCUGGACGCUGCCAGAGGUACCUUUGUCCUCCCAUUCAUUACACAUGAAGAUUCGCAGUUAAUUCACACAUAGAUGUAGACCUACACAUACUGAAAAGUGAAUAAAACAAUGCUGCAUUCAGACAAUUGGAAGUGCAACCUGAAACAAAAAAUUACCUUGGACCAAUCAAUCCACAGAUAUGUUCCCGGUGUUCCUGGCUGUGGCUGUUGUAUGCGCCGUAGCACCUUGUAAACCCUUAUAAGGUGCUACAUAAUUGGG